AUGGAAGAAGCACUGGUUCCGCAGUCAAUAGGAAGCUACCUAAUACGAGAUAAGCUAGGUUCCGGUGGAUUCUCUUCUGUAUUUCAAUCUCUUGAUACUCGAACUCAAAUACCAGUUGCUAUUAAAGUAAUUGAUAAACAUCGAGUAAAUUUACAGUCGCUACAACGCGAAGAGGAUCUCCUCAAAAAGCUCGAUCAUCCAUUUUGUGUUUCUUUUUAUGAAUUUUUCGAAGAUGAACACUAUUAUUAUUUAGUAAUGGAAUACGUCGAAGGAAGAACAAUUUUCAAACUUAUUAAUGCAAAGGGUGCAUUACCAGAAUGGCUUUGCAGACAUGUUUUUUGCCAAUUAAUCUGUGCUUUAGAUUAUUUACACUCAACACUAAAAUGCGUUCAUCGCGAUAUCAAGGCAGAAAAUAUCAUGUUAGACAAUAGUGGCAAUAUUAAAUUAAUUGACUUUGGUCUUAGUAACAUUUUCGAGAGUAAUAAUACACUUUUAAGUACAGUUGUUGGAUCUCCAGCAUAUGCACCUCCCGAAAUGUUCAAUGGCCAGAAAUAUAACGCAAAUACAGAUCUUUGGAGCGCCGGCGUUGUUUUGUAUGCAAUGAGCGUUGGAAAGCUUCCAUUUACAGAUCCGUGCUUCCAGAAGCUCGUACAAAAAAUUACAAUGCUAGAGCCAGAAUAUCCAGAGGAUCUUUCUCCUUUAUUAGUCGAUUUAUUACAUAGAAUGCUUAUGAAGGAUUUCAACUGCCGUAUGUCGAUUGCCAAAAUCAGGGAUCACCCCUGGUUCACGAAAUACCGCUAUUCACCAAUCAUGACGGCUGAUUACGAAAUUGACCAACAUUACAGAAUUCACGGUACAGACGAUGGCGACGAAGAUGUCCUUAAACGACUUCAAGACUUAAACUUCAAUGGAAUACAACUACAGAGACUAGCUCGAAACAAUGUUUAUAGUAGUGAUGUAGCUCCAUUUCAAAUUGUACACAGAUAUAUCAUCAAACAGAAAAUGAAAGGUAUGUAUAAGCAAGCCCAGGAUGAUGCAAACGGGGAUUAA